GCUGAUGGAAAACCUGCUGUUUUGGCCCGCUUACUGAUCCAGAGCAGGUACUUGCUUUAGCGAAGCGAUAUCCUUGUUGGUCCUCGUCAAGGUGCUUUGAUUGCAAUAGCCAUGGUGAUGAUCCAAAUUAGUGAAGCAACCAAUUCUCGUUUUAGAGCAUUUAGGUGCAAAAUUGAGAAGAUCAUACUCGACAAGGUUGAAGAUACAGUGAGCAAGAUAGGAGUGAUUCUGGCAUCUGGUAUCCUCGAUGUUGGUGGCACUUUCUUUAGCGAGCUUUGAUUGCAAUAGCCAUGGUGAUGAUCUAAAUUAGUGAAGCAAGCGAUUCUCGUGUUUGAGCAUUUAGGUGCAAACUUAAGAAGAUCCUACUCGACAAGCUUGAUGAUAGAAUGAGCAAGAUUGGAGUGUGGUAGGGAUGUUACUAGAAGACUGCUCUCAAAGAACAAACAUGACAAAAAUAU